AUGGGCAAAGAUACACAAGGCCUGAAGCCAACUCCGUUACUAGGAUUUUCUCAGACAUUUGGCAACCAACGUACAAUGGCGGACUCUAUCAAACCUAAAGACAGCCAGCGGCCGGCCAACGACGCAGGUCCCAACCCCAAGCGCCGCCGCACUAUCGAUCGACCUGACGAGCGGAGCCCAGUUGCCCAACGUGAACGAGUUGACGCAUCCAGCCCAGCAGUAUUAGCAGUUCCUCACAGACAACGCAAUCCAGAUGUCUCUAAACAACAUCUCUUGAAUGCAUUGCCCAAAGCUGCUACCGACCAUGGAUCAGUUGACUCCCUCAAAUCGUUGAUGAAUCUGUUUUCCGAGAAUUUUGAAAGUUUUCAGAUGAAAAACAGAGCUGUUAGGCAUCUCAAAAGGAAUACUACAAUCCAAGACCAGAACCACCACCGUCCUUCAGACUUUUCUAGUGCCUUGAAUCUACAAGCGAUUGAACGAAAGGCAGCUCAAGAAGAUAUCGAGAGAGCCGAUAAACAAAUAACAGAGUUUUGUAACAAAAUAUCUCCAGUUCUUCGAUCGAUUUUGCAUGGUAUUCUAGAGGGCGGAGGUAUGGUCGCCAACCCGUCUGCAAUCUCAGAUAAGCCGGUGAUAUCAGAAGCCAAAUUAAAUACUGUCCAAGACACGAUCAAAAGAGAGAUGAAGACAUCGUUCAAGAAAGACCUCGCAGAGUCGCAGAAAUCGUUGAAAGAUGGCUUCGAGUCGCAAAUGUCCAAACUCAAAGAGGAGCUAUCCCACGAAUACGAGCAGCAAUUCAAGUCUCUUAAAGGGAAAUUGAUACAAGAAUACGAGGAGAGAGAAAAUUCUCUUAAAAAGACGUUGACUCAAGAAGGAGAAGAAAGGGUAAAAUCUCUUAAAAAGUUGCUAGCACAAGAACAUGAGAAGCGAAUCACAGACAUAAAGCAUUCUGUUGCCCGAGAAAACAAAGAGAAGAUUUCAAACCUGGAAAACGCCUUGGCCAACGAAAACAUGAAGAAUGCUGCUCUUGAAAAGAAGAUGGCAGAUUUGGAAACUAAACUUGACAAAGCAUCCUCAGAACAGAGACAGAAGUUGGAAUCAUUGGUGAAUCAAACGCAUCUUGACCAAUGUCUACAGCGCCUGUCAAACUCUCAGGGGGUCAAAUUUGAUGAAAUGAAGGCCAAACUUGAAGAGCGCGUGAACUUACUGGCAGGCAACUCUCCGAGAAUUGAAACUUUGGUAAAGGACGGGCGCAGCCACCUGGAAAUGAUUGAAAGAAAAGCAGGGGAGUUCAAUGCACGCCUUACUUCUCUCGAAUCUAUGGCACCUACUGCUUCAGUGGAAGAGUUGGUUAAUAUUCGUACAGAGAUGGCAGACAUCGAUAAGCGCAUACAAACCCUCAGUCCCAAGCAUGAGUCUUCUCCCAUAUCGACCGAUUCCAUUCGGCGAGCCAUCUGGCUUGAAGUAGAAAAGGAGAUAGAGAACAAGGCCAAUGCCACCAAAUUAACGCUUGCGAGAGUUCAAUCCGGACUCAAUGAAUUUCUUAAGACUGAGCGGGAAGAGAGAGAGGCUCUGGAAGUGCAAUGUGCCGAAAUUACUCGCCAGUUUUUGCUGGCCCAACAGGAGGCCACUGCAAUGAAGAGUAAAAUUUCGGAACUAAAUGAGAGAGGGAACGACCCCAUUUUGCAACAGGACAAUAUACUCAAGUGGGUUGAGGAGAAAUUCAAUAGUCGCAUUGGGGCCGCCGUAAUUGAGCUCCAUCAUGCACUUGAAGGAGUUUAUAUGCAGCUACAAGCCCUAACGGUAUGGCAGAACAACUUCAGCACAAAGGGUCUCUAUAGAGAUAUUUUGAACCAUAUUAAUGCCACGAUGCCAGACGGCACAGUGACGCAAUUGAGGAGUCUAAAGCAGCGCAUGGAAGUGGCUGAGACACGCAUUGCGGCUUGUGAGAAUAGCGUCAGCAACAAGAGAAGAAAACUGCCGAGUGGGACUUCAAGGAUAGUCACUGGCGAUCAAGCAGACGCGUGA